AGAUGGUAAAGUCGUCCUCUGUCGGUGAUAUUCCGAAAGUAGUAUCGAAACGAAAAGCUCUUUUGGCAUAUUUUCUCAUCUAUAAAAGUUAGCCGAAAAUGGCUUCGUUGUGUACAAGAAUUGUUACGUCUUCAGCCAGAAAGCAUGUUCUUUCAAGUAGUUACAGAUUCGCUUCUAAAGUUACCAUGGGAGAUCCUCUUGAACAUGCAACUGGGUUAGAAAAACGAGAAUUAUUAGCGAAAGUAGCGGGUAAUGACAAUCCUUUCGAUAUUAAAGUAAUCAAAAGAGGCCCAGGUACUAAAGCUCAACCAAACGAAAUUCCAUCAGCUUUCGACGCCCGUUUAGUAGGCUGCGUUUGUGAAGAAGAAUCCACAAGUAUAAAUUGGAUGUGGCUGCACAAGGGCGAACCAAAAAGAUGCGAAUGUGGACAUUGGUUUAAUUUAGUACACAAAGCACCUGUAUAAAAUUUUCAUUUGUCCUAGAGCAUUGAGAGUAAACUAGUUCAUUAUAAUAAAUUUUAUUUCAUUCUUUAUUGUAUCUGUAUUGUUUAAUGUAAAUAAGUUGGUGUUAUUAAACCUAGGCUAUUGUGUAGCCUCAUGAAAAUUAACAUUUAUUUUGACCUAUUUAAUUGAAAAUCAUUUCUUGUAGCAUAAUUUUAACAAUGCCAUCUUAUUACGAGACUGAAUGAGUACUAAAAGGGAAGUUCUGGGAAACAACUGAUAAAAUUAAAUAAUUAUAAUAUGAUUAUAUAAAUUAUUGGUUCUUUAAUUCUGUUGACAUUUAUCUUUUGAAUCUGAUCAGAACAUUUAACUUCGGACAAUUUCUAAUCAAGCUCUCAAAAUAAAAAUUUUUUUAAAUGAAA